CGAAGUGAUUUCUUGACAACUGAAGUUCAAGGAAAAACCGAAAUUAGUUAUGAAAUACUUGAAAAUUUCACCCACAUGAUUGAAAUAAUAAUUAAAGAAUCAGAUGUUAUAAUUAAAUUCUUAAUAUUUUUAAACUAUUUUCCUAAUUUUAUUAUAUUACUCAGUUAACGUGAAUAGAUUAUGAAUAUACUGCCAUUUCGUCUUUAUACUUUAAGGGUAAUCAGCGUUAAAUAUUUUUCUAAAACAUCUACUAACCAAACAGAAGUAAAAUUUGGUGCAGAAUGCCGCCAGUUAAUGAUGCAAGGAUUGGAUAUAUUAGCGGAUGCUGUGGCACUUACUUUAGGCCCAAAGGGACGCAACGUGAUUUUGGAACAGUACAACAGGCCACCGAAAAUUACAAAGGAUGGUGUGACUGUUUCCGAGAGUAUAGACUUGAAGAACAGGUUCCAGAACAUUGGUGUUAAGUUACUUCAAGAAGUUGCAAAAAACACUAAUAAAAAGGCUGGCGAUGGGACUUCUACUGCCACUGUUUUAGCACGGAGUAUAGCCAAAGAAGGUCUCAACCGAUUUUCUCUUGGUUGCAACCCAAUUUUUUUGAAAAAAGGAGUGGAUAGAGCUGUAGAAGUAAUAGAAAAGAAGUUGGAGGAAAUUUCAAAACCUGUCUUGACUCAAGAUGAAAUAGCUCAAAUCGCUACUAUAUCAGCUAACGGUGAUAAAGAUAUUGGCCAACUAAUAGCAGAUGCAAUGUUCAAAGUUGGUCGACAUGGGGUGAUAAUGAUAAAUGCUGGAAGAAUGAUAAAGGAUAAAAUUGAAGUUACAAAAGGAAUGAAAUUUGACAAAGGCUAUAUCUCUCCUUAUUUUGUCAACACGAAAAAGAGUGCCAAAGUGGAAUACCGCAACCCUUAUAUCCUUUUUUGUGAACACAAGAUAUCAGAAGCAAAGCCUCUGGUUAAAGCUCUUGAAAUAGCAUUGUCAAGAAAAAAGCCCUUGGUCAUAAUUGCUGAAGAUAUUGAAGGGGAUGCCCUCACAACAUUAGUCAUUAAUCGGAUCCGGAUCGGAUUGGAAGUGUGUGCAGUAAAGUCCCCAGGUUUUGGAGAAGUAAGAACAGAAAUUCUCAAAGAUAUGGCUAUACUUACAGGAGGAGAAGUAAUUGGAGAUGAAGCUGGAAUUUUUCUGGAUGAAGUAGCUGCGGAACACUUUGGUCAAGCUAGUGAGGUUAUUGUAACUAAAAGUGAAACAUUUAUUAUUAAGGGGAAAGGUUUGUUACCUGCCAUCAAUCAGCGCAUUGCUCACGUUGAUCUACUUAUUUCUCGAGCUAAGAAUGAUUUCAUUAAGGAAGGUCUUGAGGAAAGAAAAGCAAGGCUUGACUCUGGAGUGGCCAUUAUUUAUGCUGGAGGUUAUUCUGAGUGGGAUGUUAGUGAAAAAAAAGAUCGCAUGACAGAUGCAUUGAAUGCUACCAAGGCUGCUGUUGCUGAGGGCAUAGUUGCAGGUGGUGGAACUGCUUUGUUGAGGUGUUUGCCUGCUGUCAAAGAAAUAGAAACUGAUUGUCCUGAUGAGCGAUUAGGAAUUGAUAUUGUUGCAAAUGCAUUGAAAGUUCCUUGCUACACAAUUGCUAAAAACGCAGGUAUUGAAGGUUCUGUUGUUGUGAAUGAGGUAUUGAAGGAAUCUGGCAAUAUAGGAUAUAAUGCGUUAACUGGAGAGUACACAGAUUUGGUUGUCAGCGGUAUUAUUGAUCCUACAAAAGUUGUAAAGUCUGCAUUGAGGACAGCUGCAGCGAUUGCUACACUCUUUACUACAACUGAAGCAGUUAUUGCUGAUACAGGAGAGAAGAAACAAGACUACGAAGAAAUAGAAGAAGACGAGUAAUAAAAUAAAAGAUUAAUAAAACUAUUGAUUUUAUUUAUACUAACUUCGUAUUUAAGACAAAAUUACGAUUAAAUCUGAC